CCCGCUCGUCCGGCCCGCCCCACCUUGCCCUCGCAGGCGGUCCGCGCCACUGCCUCUCAGUCCCUGCCCUGCGCCCGCGCGCCCCGGGAGCGUACCCUGCACGCGCUCCGCGCCCACUGGUUCCCUCCCGCCGCCGCCGUCCAGCCAAGUCCCUACUCCGGAGUCGCCGCUGCCGCGGGGACAUGGUCCUCUGCGUUCAGGGCUAAGCACCCCCUUAUAAGCUCAGGGCCAGUGUUGGCUGUCGGGGAACAAAGUUUUUAACAGACUGCUGGGCUCCAAAGCAGGCACACACAUGUACCUAGAAUACACCAGCCACUGUCCCCACCAUGAUGACACAGCCAUGGACACACCCCUGCCCAGACCUCGUCCUUUGCUGGCUGUGGAGCGGACUGGGCAGCGGCCCCUGUGGGCCCAGUCCCUAGAACUGCUCGAGACAGUCAUGCAGCCCUUGCCUGCUGGGGCCUUCCUGGAGGAGGUGGCAGAGGGGACCCCAGCCCAGAUAGAGAGUGAGCCAAAGGUGUUGGACCCCGAGGAGGAUCUGCUGUGCAUAGCCAAGACCUUCUCCUACCUUCGGGAGUCUGGCUGGUAUUGGGGUUCCAUUACGGCCAGCGAGGCCCGGCAACACCUGCAGAAGAUGCCAGAGGGCACGUUCCUAGUACGUGACAGCACCCACCCCAGCUACCUGUUCACGCUGUCAGUGAAAACUGCUCGUGGCCCCACCAAUGUGCGCAUUGAGUAUGCUGACUCCAGCUUCCGUCUGGACUCCAACUGCUUGUCCAGGCCACGCAUCCUGGCCUUUCCGGAUGUGGUCAGCCUUGUGCAGCACUACGUGGCCUCCUGCGCUGCUGACACCCGAAGCGACAGCCCCGAUCCUGCUCCCACCCCGGCCCUGCCUAUGCCUAAGGAAGAUGCGCCUAAUGAUCCAGCACUGCCUGCUCCUCCACCAGCCACUGCUGUACACCUAAAAUUGGUGCAGCCCUUUGUACGCAGAAGCAGUGCCCGCAGCCUGCAACACUUGUGCCGCCUUGUCAUCAACCGUCUGGUGACCGACGUGGACUGCCUGCCACUGCCCCGGCGCAUGGCCGACUACCUCCGACAGUACCCCUUCCAGCUCUGACUGGGCCGGGCACCCUGCCCAGCCUCACCCAGUCACACCCUGGAGGGGACAUCAGCCCCAGCUGGACUUGGGCUCCCACUGUCCCUCCUCCAGGCAUCCUGGUGCCUGCAUACCUCUGGCAGCUGGCCCAGGAAGAGCCAGCAAGAACAAAGCAUGGGAGAGGGGAGGUGUCACACAACCUGGAGGUAAAUGCCCCCAGGCCCCAUGUGGCUUCAUUACACUGAGCCAUGUGUCAGAGGAUGGGGAGACAGGCAGGACCUUGUCUCACCUGUGGGCUGAGCCCAGACCUCCACUUGCUUGCCUGCCCUGGCCACCUGAACUGUAUGGGCACUCUCAGACCUGGUUUUUCAAUCCCCAGGGUCGGGUAGGACUCCUACUGGCAGCCAGCCUCCAUUUCUGGGAGGAUGACAGGCAGAGGAACUGAGGUCAACCAUGACUAGUGACCCCUUGUUGAGGGGUAAGCCAGGCUAGGGGACUGCACAAUUAUAUACUAUUUAUUUAUUUAUUCUCCUUGGGGUUGGUGUCAGGGGUGAACCAAGCCCACCUCUAUGCCCUGAGCCCUGGUAGUCCAGAGACCCUAACUCUGCCCUGGCUUCUCUGGUUCUUCCCUGAGACAUGUUGCUGGAACCAAGGCAAUCCUGGAUGUCCUGGCACUGACCCACCUGUCUGUGAAUGUGUUCACUCUCUUCUGCCCCCAGCCAUACUUGGGGAGGAUGGACAACUACAAUAGAUAAGAAAAUGCAGCCAGAGCCUCAGUCCCCAGCAGAGCCUGUGUCUCACCCCCUCACAGGACAGAGCUGUGUCUGCAUAGAGCUGGUCUCACUGUGGCACAGGCCCUGGGGAAAUGCCUGUGCUGUCAGGAAGAGGGGGUGCUGGUUUGAGGGCCGCCGCUGCAGUUCUGCUGGGUCUGCUUCCUGCCCAGGAAGGUGCCUGCACAUGAGAGAAGGAGAGAAAUACACAUCUGAUAAGACUUCAUGAAAUAAUAAUUAUAACAAAGAACAGCUUGGUGGUCUUUUCUUUUCCACUGAUAUUUCUGUAAUGACAUUAUACCUUUAUUACCUCUUUAUUUUAUUACCUCUAUAAUAAAAUGAUACCUUUCAUGUAUGGAGCCUUCAAUGGGGCCACUUUUGAGUUGUGUA